UAAUUGUGAAAGAACAAGUGUUUAAUAUUUUAUGUAAAUAGUUUCUAGAUGUGGUGAUAACGAUUCGAAAUGCAAUGUAUCUUGUUCUGUUGCUCGUGAUAAAUGUGUUGUAAUCAACCAUUAACUCCGAAAAUUUAUGUGAGUGGGAAAUAUUAAGCAAGAAACUCCAAGAAUGUCUGUCAGUGGUUCGGAGCUUAAAAGUGCAUUGAGGAAAACAGAAUUUCCUUUCUGCGCAAGAGAAGCUCUUUCUCGGGUUGAACAGUUAACUCAGAAUACCGGCCGCCCGCCAAGUAUCAAACACUUAGAUCUAGCAAUGGAUUUGAUGGCUGAAUUCAUCUUCUGCGAAGUAGAAAGACGUGGAGGGAAAAGAAAGAAGCUGACCUGUAUCCAAGAACUACAGCUGUUGGAAGUAUUGUGUGAUUAUUUCUCAUUUCGAGGAGUCAACAAUGAUUCAACAUGUAACACUGUUUUCAUGUCCUUAUUCCCUCCGACAAAUAUGGAGAGAUGUCGAUUUCUGGCCAAACUUGUGUCUAUGGCAAUUUCAACAAAAAAUACUCCUGUACUAAGUGCAACAGGCAUAUGGAUGCAGCAACUUGGAUGCACUUCUAAAGUCAGUAUGGAGCUUGUGCGGGGACUGGUGAAAGAUUAUUUUGUGCUGGUCCCAAAAGCAGUAAGCGUGCUACAAGAUUUGCCCCAGCUGGCACCACACUUCACAGCCAAUUUUCUGACAGCUGUAGCAGAUAUGUAUGGCUCCGAAGAUAAGAAGAAUAUUACAAAUCCUCCGCCAAAUGCUCUUUUGGAAAUUAUUACGCGGUGGAUUGCUGAAAAUCCUAAUCUGUGUGCAGCUGCUUUAAAUGCAGCACCAAUGGUUGUUACUUCAGUUGGGGCUCAUUCAACACCUGUAACACCAUUUGCUGGUCUUUUCAAGUGGUGUAUUUUGGCUCCAGUCCUAGGGUGGGAGGAAGACAGUACGCAUCAAUAUUGGCGGCUACAGUUGGCCCUCCUGGAAAGUACAUUGGAGCAGCCUUGUGAGGGUGCAGUGUCAGCAAGACAUUUGGGCCAAAUGCUGAUAACACCACUGCUUUCUGCUUCAUGCCACAGUAGGAACAGGAAAUGUCAACAACUAGCUCUUGAUAGGUUAGCACAGGCAACCCAGGUCCUAAUGGCACAAAACGCAAUUGUGGGAAACACACAAGAACUUCUCUCACAACUUGAAUUAUUGCCAGAAAAUAGGCUCCUUAGUCUUGUCAUCAAGAAACAUAAAGUGAUAACAAUAGUGUAAACACAGCUAAGAUGAACAAACCGAGCAUUUGAUUGACUGGUGUGUCAUAACAGCAACAUAGUGUGCAAAAAUAAUAGCAAGUGCCUGUACAGGAAUCGUUAGAAUACAGUUCAUUGCCACUGUGGAAGUCUUGCCAAAGUUCCUGUCUUGCAUUAUAUUUUCCAUAUUUUGCCAUUUUACUGAAGUAACUGCAGAGUCUUACAUCGUGUUGUCAUUGUCAAUUUUGUUUUGAGUCAUAAGCUCAAAAUUUGUAUCUCAUUAUUUUGUUAUGUAAUAUAUAUAUUUACUAAAUUGUUAUAAUUUGCUUUUUUUGGAUUAUGCAUUAUACAGCGACCAGCAGCAUUUAUAAAGAUUUUAGUUUAGCUUUACUCAAUUUAAUUACUGAAACAACAAAAGUUCUGCAUGUUGGACAUAAGAUAACAUGAUUUUGGGAAAACUCAUCAUGAGUCACCCAAGAGUGCCCAUAUGAUAGUUUGUGGUGGUUGUGGUUGUGGUUGGGGGGGGGGGGGGGGCGCAAUCUGUGGGUAUGAAGUAUUUUUAAUAUUUUGGAAGAUGAAAGGUGACUUGUAAGUAGCCAUACUAAAGUUCCAGUUACAAACCUGUCAAAUAAUUUCCACGCUACUGCCUGUUAAAUUAUUAUUAUUUAUUUUUUAAAGAAAAACACCUGACUACUCUAUAUUUCUUCCUUUCUCCUUAUCCUUAGUUAUGGGCACCCUUGUGGUCCUCAAGCCAUGGGAUGAAUGUAGACUACCACUCACUACACGAAAGAUUGGUCAUUAGACAUAAGAAAUUGAGCUUCGCAAAUCAUCAGCUACUGCUCUCACCUCCAUUUCUCUCUGUUUAUUACUAUAGUUAUCCAUUCACUGUCUGCUUCAAAUCAAUAUGGCUUCCAAACACAGAAUUUUUUGACCAGCUAAAUUAUGAUGUGUUGUACGCAUUUGGAGUAAAGAAAAAGGAAAGGGGCGGGGGCACAAUGAAGAAAGAUUGAUGAAGAAGAGAGUACUAGACGCUGUAAAGAUAUUGCAGCCACACAAAAUAUGGAACAGUUGACACAAAUUACGGUGUGCAGUAGAGUGUUGACUGAGUAAUGAGAAAAAACCAUUAUAAGUCUAUUUCUCUGUGAUAAUAUACCUUCUCUGAAUUCGUAUGUUCUUUACAAAUCAAGGAAUAAAGUUACAAUAUGAGAGUUUCAAGUAGGGUCUGGCUAAGGCAAAACCACUAUGCUAUUACUCUUGUCACAGAGUGGUCAGCAUGUUCAACUGCCUUGCAGAGGACCCAGGUUAAAUUCUCUGUACUGCCAGGGCUUUUUCUUUCAUGAAAGGGCUGAAUUGGGGUCCAGUAACCCUCAAGGUGCCAGUUGAGGAGAUACGUGAAUGAAAACUUGUGACUCCAAGCCAACAAUGUCUGGGAGAAGAGUGUGUGCCCACUCCAUACCACAUCGAAAUGACUCCAUAUGUCUGAGGAUGACAUGGAGACUGGUUGGCAUUGUGCAGUCCUGUAGGCCUGAUCUGCAGAGUUAGGUACCUUUUUUUUACACACUAUUCUAUCAAACAGUUCUUAUACACAUUGGAAUCCACAACCUAAAACGCACAAGGCUUCACCUAGCAGAUAGAUAGAGGUAUAUUGCUUCCACAUCAGCAUGUGAAGAGAAGGACUAUACGAGGGGUGUUUGAAAAGUAUGUGCAAAGUCCAACAGAUGGCACCACCAGUACAUAUCAAGGACAUGUUAAGUUAGUAGCAUCUUUGGAAAGAACGCACACCAAAUUUCAGCCAUAUUAGUCUAUUUCUUUGUGUUUGGCAUUCAUGUGAAUCAAGGAUGUCGAGUGCUUGUCAAAAAAUGGACGAAAAAGAAUUUCGUGUGGUGAUUAAACAUUACUUUAUGAAAGGCAAAACACCUCAGGAGACUAAAGAGAAGCUUGAUAAACAUUACGGUGACUCUGCACCUUCGAUUAGAACAGUUUAUAAGCGGUUUCAAAAUUUUUGAGAGUGGCCAUAUGGGCACAGGUGAUGCUGAACAUUCUGGAUGCCCUGCGGAGGUUACAACUCCAGAGAUCAUUGAUAAAAUCCAGAAGAGUUAAGGUGCAUGAGAUUGCUAGUGCUGUGGGCAUCUCGAAUGAAUGGGUACAUAAUAUUUUGCAUAAACGUUUGGACAUGAGAAAGCUAUCGGCAAGAUGAGUUUUGCAGUUGCUCGUGCUUGACCAAAAACGCAACUGUGUGAAGUGUUGCAAGGAUGGUUUGCAGCUGUUCAGGAAGAAUCUGCAGGACUUUGUCAUUUUGUCACUGUGGAUGAAACAUGGAUACAUUAUUAUACUCCUGAGACCAAGGAACAAUCUAAACAAUGGGUUACCAAGGGAGAACCUGUACCAAAAAAGGCAAAGACCAUUCCUUCAGCCGGAAAGGUUAUGGCGACUGUCUUUCGGCAUUCACAGGGGAUAAUCAUCAUUGACUAUCUCAAAAAGGGUAAAACUAUUACAGGUGCAUAUUAUUCAUCAUUAUUGGACCGUUUUGAAAGCCUAGCUGCAAGAAAAAUGCUGACAAUUGAACCGCGAAAAAAAUCCUUUUCCAUCACGACAGUGCACCAACACACACCUAAGCAGUUGUGGUCGCAAAAUUAAUGGAAAUAGGAUUCCAACUCGUUUCACAUCCCCCCUAUUCUACAGACUUGGCUCCCUUGGACUACUAUUUGUUCUCCAAUUUGAAGAAAUGGCUGACGGGAUAAAGAUUUUAUUCAAAUGAGGUGGUGAUUGUAGCAACUAAUAGCUGUUUUGCAGACUUGAACAAUUCGUGUUAUUCGGAAGGGAUCAACAAAUUAGAACAGCAUUGGAUGAAGUCUAGAAGGAGACUGUGUCAAAAAAUAAAAUAAAGGUUUACCCCAAACACGUAAGUAGUUUUUAUUUUUGCACGGACUUUUCAAAUGCCACUCGUAUAACUCCUACAAAAUUAAAAAAAUCACAGAUCCCCAAGUACAGGGUGGCACAGGGGAGUGGGAAAUUUUGAAUGUUAGUGUAGGCAACAUUACAGUGCUGCAGUUGUUUGGAUUCAAUAUGUAGCUGUGAACAUGUUGCCAUAUAGUUACCAUGUAGCACUGGAAUGGUGUGGAAUGUGCUAUUGCUUUGAGAGUGUUUAUAAGCAGGUUGAUAGUGUGGGUGCAGCACAAAGGGUAUUUUGACAGCAUUACCAGCUAGAACAUCUUGGAUGUGUCCCAUCUGCUCGUGAGAUUACAAUGUGGUGGGUAACUUUGAAGAAACUGGUUCAGCUUUGUAAAAGAAGCCUCUAGAUGACAUUCAGAUGGUACAUAUUGCAGAGAACAUUGAAUUGUUAGAAUUUCUGCAAGAGGAGACCUUGCCAUUCCCUUUGACAGCAGGCACAUGCAGUAGAGAUUGUGCAAUGAAAUGUACAAAGAAUAUGGUACAAAUUUAAGUUCCACCUGUAUAAAUUGCAGGUUGUACAGCAAUUAAAUCCACAAGAUCCUGUGUCACAUAGGGACUAUAGGUAACAUGUGUUCAUUAAAAUCAUCAAGAAUGCCACAUUCCUUAACACCUUAUGGAUAUAAGAUGAAUACCACUUCCUCCUUAACAGAUAUGUUAACAUACAGAAUUUUUGUUACAGGGCACAGAAAACUCCCUGAGAAUUUCAGGAGCAUCCAUCACAUACUGCCAAGGUUACACUAUGGUAUGCUGUAUCCAGCCAUGGUGUCACUGUCCCCUCACUUGUGUGAAAAUGUGGUUCCAGUAGGAAGGAGUCACAUUUCGUAGUGUUUGACAAUUGAUGGAAGAUGUUUGGCAGUUGUUUUGAAGGCACGCCAUUUCACAUAAUGAUGAUUUUCCAUGACCUGCUAGAUCUCCCGAUGGAGUAUGUGAAAUUUCGUGCUGUGGGGACAUCUUAAUACAAUGUGUACUGCACUGUAGCUAUCUGUGAACUUAAACAAGAUUGAAGACAAAAUCACUGCCAUUCCCUAAGUCACACUACACCAAGCAUUCUGGAGAUUCCAUAACAGGCUAUUAGAAUGUGAACACCAAAAGCUAUGUCUUCUUUAAGAAAUAAGAGACAGUUCGUGAAUUAUUUAAUGAAGACAUAAGUGACAUACUGUAUAUAUGGACCUUUGUCAAUAAAAACAUUUUUCCUGUGUUUAUUCAUGUAAAUUAUACUAAUUCAAAAUUUCCCAUUUCACUGUGCCACCUCAUAGAAAUGACAGAAAGAGAGUUUGAACAUUUGAUUUCUUGUAAUGUGAAAAAAUAUUAACUCUCUUUUGUCUUAAAAUGCUAAAUAAACUUAAUUUUUGAAAUGUA